GAGCCGGGCGGCGGCGCGCGGAGGACGCACGGGCGGCGGGACGCUGGGACGGCAUCGGCCGGAGCGCGGGAGGCGUUGCAAGACUGAGAAGUGAGGAGAGAGACGUGGAGAGACAGAGAGAGAGAAGUGGAGAGAGAGAGACGCAGAGAGACAUGGAGACAGGCAAAGCAAGACGCUAAGCAAGAGACACGUGGGGUGUGAGAGAAGGAGCAGUUCGGCAGCCCCGCCUUCAUGCCCGGCAGGUGCCCCACCUGGCCCAUCCUCCCAGGUAAGCCUCAGCCUGUGCUGAAGGCAGUCUGACUCAGGGCCUCCCAGUGACUCUCGAGGAGCAUCUGCAGAGGGGAGGAUGGCCCAAGUCCUGCACGUGCCAGCCCCCUUUCCAGGGACCUCAGGCCCGGUCUCCCCUCCCGGCUUCCCUGCCAAGGAGACCGACCCUCCUUACUCCGUGGAGACACCCUAUGGCUACCGCCUGGACCUGGACUUUCUCAAGUAUGUGGACGAUAUUGAGAAGGGCCAUACCCUGCGGCGCGUGGCCGUGCAGCGCCGGCCUCGCCUCGGCUCGCUACCCCGAGGCCCUGGCUCCUGGUGGACAUCCACCGAGUCACUCUGCUCUAACGCCAGCGGGGACAGCCGCCACUCUGCCUACUCCUACUGUGGCCGCGGCUUCUACCCGCAGUACGGCGCCCUGGAGGCCCGCGGCGGCUUCAAUCCUCGGGUGGAACGCACCCUGCUGGACGCCAGGCGCCGCCUCGAAGAUCAGGCGGCUGCGCCCACCGGCCUGGGCUCCCUGGCCCCCAGCGCAGCCAGCUCCACCAACUCACUGGUGGGUGUGGGGCUGCCGCCCCCAACACCACGGGGCUCAGGAAUGUCCACACCAGUGCCACCUAGUGCUGGGCACCUGGCCCAUGUUCGGGAGCAGAUGGCGGGUGCCCUGCGGAAGCUGCGGCAGCUGGAGGAGCAGGUGAAACUGAUCCCUGUGCUCCAGGUGAAGCUGUCCGUGCUGCAGGAGGAGAAGCGGCAGCUCACGGUGCAGCUCAAGAGCCAGAAAUUCCUGGGCCAUACUUCAGGGUCCCGGGGCCGCAGUGAGCUCUGCCUUGACCUCCCCGAGGCUCCUGAGGACCCGGUAACACUGGAGACCCGGAGCGUGGGCACCUGGGUUCGUGAGCGGGACUUGGGUGUGCCCGACGGGGAGGUAGCCCUUGCUGCCAAGGUCGCGGUGUUGGAAACCCAGCUCAAGAAAGCGCUCCAGGAGCUGCAGGCAGCUCAGGCCCGACAGGCUGGCCCCCAGCCCAACCUCCAACCCCAGGCCUGGCCACCCACAGACAGCCCAGUUCGUGUGGACACCGUCAGGGUGGUAGAGGGGCCUCGGGAGGUGGAAGUGGCAGCCAGUACAGCCGCCGGGGCCCCUGCACAGCGGGCCCAGAGUCUGGAGCCCUAUGGGGCAGGGCUGCGGGCCCUGGCGACCUCUGGAGGAACCGAGAGCCGCGCUAUGUUCCGAAGCCAUGAAGUGGUGGAGACAGUGCUGCCCUCGCCCACUGCACCGACUGGCAACGUCCACUUGGUGAAGAAGAUCAGCAUCACAGAGCGAAACUGCGAUGGGGCAGCAGGUCUCCCCCAGGCUCCUGCAGAGUCAUCCUUGUCACCCCCAGGGCCCGCUGCAGCUUCCCUGGUGCAGCCCAAGAAGAAUGCAGGCUGGGUGCCCACUGGUGAUACUACCAACAGGGUGCCCAUCAGGCAAGCAGCUCCACGUGAGUCAGAGGAGGCCAGAAGUGGAGGUGGGCUCCAGGAGGGCGUGCGGUCCAUCAUGAAGCGGAAAGAGGAGCCUGCAGAGCCCGAGGACCACCAGCAGAGCCUCCAGUGCAUGGGAGUCAAUGGAGGGUGUGAGUCCUCAUCUGAGGACUCCAGCACAGCAGAGAACUUCUCGGACAAUGAGAGCACAGAGAACGAGACCCCAGAGCCCAAGGCAAGGGUGCCGAGUGUGGCCGAAGCUCCCCAACUCAGGCCCAUGGGGACAACAGUGACCAAGAGCAGCCGGGAGGAGUGCCAGUUAUCUCGAGAGUCUCAGCACGUGCCCACAGCUGAAGGGGCAUCAGGAUCAAAUGUGGAGGAGGAGAUCCGGAUGGAGCUGAGCCCCGACCUCAUCUCAGCCUGCCUGGCCUUGGAGAAAUACCUGGACAACCCCAACGCCCUCACCGAGCGGGAGCUGAAAGUGGCCUACACUACGGUGCUUCAGGAGUGGCUGCGUCUGGCCUGCCGCAGUGAUGCCCACCCUGAGCUUGUGCGGCGCCACCUGAUCACAUUCCGGGCCAUGUCGUCGCGGCUGCUGGACUACGUGGUCAACAUCGCCGACAGCAAUGGCAACACCGCGCUGCACUAUUCCGUGUCGCACGCCAACUUCCCAGUGGUGCGGCAGCUGCUGGACAGCGGUGUCUGCCAGGUGGACAAGCAGAACCGUGCUGGCUACAGCCCCAUCAUGCUCACGGCCCUAGCCACCCUGAAGAACCAGGAUGACAUGGAGACUCUCCUGCAGCUCUUACGGCUUGGAGACGUCAAUGCCAAAGCCAGCCAGGCAGGGCAGACGGCCCUGAUGCUGGCGGUCAGCCAUGGCCGGGUGGAUGUGGUCAAAGCCCUGCUGGCCUGCGAGGCAGACGUCAACGUGCAAGACGAUGACGGCUCCACAGCCCUCAUGUGCGCCUGCGAGCACGGCCACAAGGAGAUCACGGGGCUGCUGCUGGCAGUGCCCAGCUGCGACAUCUCGCUCACUGACCGCGACGGGAGCACGGCUCUGAUGGUGGCCUUGGACGCGGGGCAGAGCGAGAUUGCAUCCAUGCUGUACUCCCGCAUGAACAUCAAGUGCUCGUUUGCCCCCAUGUCGGAUGAUGAAAGCCCUGCAUCGUCCUCGGCAGAAGAGUAGCCACGACGGGGAGCCAGAGGCGCCUGCCCUCACGGGCCAGUCAGCCCCAAAGCGAACCGUCCCUCCCCCCUUCUUCCCCAUCCCUGGUCCCCUCCCUGGCCAGCCCCCCUCGUGCCCACCAAGGCCUAAGUCUCAGAAGCAAGUGGGUUUUUCUUCUGCUUCCUAGGGGGAGUCCCCAACAGUAACAAGACUCCAGCUUAAAGUGGGUUUUUCCCAGUACCCCAGUUCAAAGCAGCCACAGUGCAGACCGAAGCUCCAUUCUCACAUAAAGUGGCGCCAGUGGCUGAUGCUGGGACGUGGCUCCGUGGGGAGCGCUGAGAACAAUCAGCUGGCAGUGAUGGAUGGAGGCUGGGAGAGGGGAGAAUGUUGUGUUUUUGAAUCAUUGUCGGGGGAGGAGGGAAAUCAUAUCACUUGUUGCCAAAUUUGAAAGUCACUGGAAUUGCAUAUUUUCAUUUUAAUCGUGAAUGUUGUUAAGCACGGGCGGUGUCUGGAGUGGCUUAAUGCCUCCCGUGCCCCCCACAUUUAAUUGUGUCGUAGAUAACAGCUCUUCGUCCACUCCCCCCAGCAGCUUUCUUGGGGGGAACUUUGGUGUCUUCACAGAACAGAUUCUGUCCGUGUCACCUGGAGGAGGAAAACUAGUCUCUUCUUGCCCGCUGCCACUGCCCUUGUCGCCCCCAUUCAAGUGGUGGGAGGGGCCUCGGGACCCAGCGGCUGAGGUGUGUGAACUGAGACGUGUGAGCAGUUCGUGUCAAGAAGUCACCCCCAAAGCCAGCCCUCCCUUCACGGAGGCCCCAGCAAAUAGUAAUUUUCCUAGAAAAUCCCUCAGACCUGAAGACACAGGCAAUGAAUCUUGUUUCCAGAGCAGCUGCUGAGUGCCUGGGCUUAGAACCCGGGUUACGGGCAGACCUUUCCCUCCCCAGACUCCAGGAUUUCUCUCUUCAAAGGAAAGAAAACAGGCUGAGCGCUUGCUGGCAGAGCACUGGUGCUCCAGAAACCCCAUGUGUGUGCGAUUAAAAGCUGGCUGCCCCUGGAGGGCUCCCAGCGCAAACUUAAAGAGGCAGGGCUUUGCCGAAAACCAAACAAGGGCCAGCUGGGUUUUUUUUUAACCUACAGGCUUUCCGGAGCUGCCUGGAGCAGGGCCUGCUGGAAAUAGGGCUCGCCAGACACUCACAGUUUCCUUAAUGGCCUGUUUUGUCCCCAGAAUCUCAACAUAGUUCUCUUUCCUGUUCCUUCCCUUUGUGAACCAAAAAAAGAAAAGGGAUUGGUUCUGAUCCUGAAAAAGCGCCUUGUGCAGGGGAGCAGGACCCCUAGUUGAUAGGCAUCCUGCCCUCUGUGCCCUUCUCAGCUCGGCCUCCAGGGUGGGAGCCAGACCACAGGAGGGCAGACCAGGCCCGAGUGCUCACGCUGGCUUCUGCAGAAGCGGUUUUCUUGGCCGAAUGGAGAGUGGCUGGCUUUGAUUUUGAUUGAAGGGAUCAAAAUCUUUGUGACUUUG